CUCUCGGACUGUGAUUGCGUUUCUCCGCGGAUCUCUGGAGAGAGCUGCAGGCAGUGAGCUCACAUCCUCGCGAUGCAGCUGCCAGCAAGUCAUACUGCGAAUACUAGUUCAUAACUCCGGCUCAAAUCUGCGACAUACUCGCCAGCCUUGCAGGACUACCGCGUAGCGACAUAUUAACGCGUUGGUCUCAGAUUGUACGCGCAGGUUCUUCCAGUCACUGCUGGCUAUGGAAUGCGGUUUCACUUAAACACCUCCCCUGCUUUUCUUAGUGGGGUCGUGCAUUUUUUCUCGGCUCGUUGUGUCGGAUCUAUCGGUUCAUUGUGUGAAACCGAGCGCCAUGUGGGCCAGGAACGAUUUUGAGGACGGAUUCGACGCUUAUAAGAUAGGUUCGCGCACGUCCUCUCCUGGAUGGGUCCCUGGCUGCGACUCAGCAUGGCAAGCUUCCUCUUCCGCCACUGGCAUUAGCAGCCGCGGGCGACGUCACAGCGCUGCCUCGGACAGUGGCGAUACCGGCAUCGGGACCUCGUGUUCUGACAGCGUAGAAGACCACUCCACCUCCAGCGGCACAUUGUCUUUCCAGCCUCUGCGCUCGCAAGGUCCCAUCCCCACGGCCCACGUCAUGCCAUCUCCGUCCAGCUCCAAACUCAGCGUGCCCUCGGCCGCCACCAGCCCCUGGAGCAGCUGCCAGCUCCCUUCUCCCCUCGACAGCCCCCUGGACAUGAAAGACCCCCGGCCGGUGCGCCGUUGGUCCUCUCUCACCCGUCUGACUGGCCAGGAAAAGUCCACCACUUCCGGGAGACCGUCGCAACGCAUGGACCCACACGGCUCCCUGGAUCGAGGUGUGCUUUACGGCUACCGACAGGACCCUCUUUAUUCAGACAGCUUUCUUUCUGAAAGCCUGCACAAACUUUCCACCAACUCUGACUUUACUAAGUACGACCUGGGCAGCAGUAACACCCUGGGCAAAACGGACUCGUCUUGCUCUUCUCCGCUCAAGCCCAGCACGUUAGACCUUACCUACAGUGCCUUACCAGAGAGCAAGACGCCCACCAUCGCCCUGGCCGGGCCCGGGCAGAGAGGUCCCACGCUCAGGCACCAGGCCGUGGGAGGGUCGCCCAUCCAGCCGGCCGUAAGGACUCAGAUGUGGCUGAGCGAGCAGAUGGAGUACCGGCCGGGACCGGAGGGAUGUGGCUCGUGGCAGCAGGAACAGCAGCAGCGAGAGCGGCUACGACAGGAAGCAGAACUCCCACAGAUGCUGGGUGGAACAUCUCUCCCUGUCAAUACCCUGGUAAAGAUUAAGGAGGGACUCCUGAGGCAGAGGGAACUGGAGAUUGACCGGCAAAAGCAGCAAAUCCUUCAGCUCCAUGCGAGGAUCAGGGAAAACGAGUUAAGGGCGCAACAAGUCCUCCAAAACCAGAGGGGGCGCUAUGAUGACUCAUAUCUGCUCAAAGCUAAGGACUCUCCGUAUGACAGUCCGGUAUCCAGCCAGAGUCCGAAGUCCCAGCUGCCGGAGCGCGUGAGUCCCCUGUCCUGUGAGAACGGAGAGCUGGGCCGGAAACUAGCUGCGGCAGAGCUGGAGGUCAUCCACCUCAGCGAAUUUCUCAAACAGAACACACAGAAAUACACUGAAGACAUCAAGAAACUGGAGGAGAAGAUGAAAACACGUGACCGCUACAUCAGCAGUCUGAAGAAGAAGUGCCAGCGUGAACAGGAGCAGAAUCAGGAGAAGCAGCAGCGCAUCGAGACGCUGGAGAAGUACCUGGCAGACCUGCCCUCGCUGGACGAGGUCCAGACACAGGCUCAGCAGUUGCAGGAAGUGCAGGGGAAGAAGCAGACUUUGGAGGACACGGUCGCCCAGCUGGAGAAAACCCUGGAGGAGAACCGAGCCGUGCUGCAGGAGAAAGAUGCCCUCAUCGAGACCCAGUCCAAACGGGAGAAAGAGCUUAUGAGCGCUGUUCAGAGCCUGCAAGAGAAAGUGGAGAAGUGCUUGGAGGAUGGAGUACGGCUGCCCAUGCUGGACCUGAAACAGCUGGAAAGAGAAAACACUCGUCUGCUGGGACAACAGAGCCAGAAGAGCCUGCUGAUCGACGAUCAGAAGCAGCAGAUUGACAAACUCACUCUGGAGAUGUCGGCCCUGGAAAAGAAGCUGCAGAGGGAGAGAGGCAUCACGCAGGAGCUCCGCAAACAGCUCUUGGAACGCGAGGAGGAACUGGAAACCCUCUCCAAAACUCUUCAACAGAACCAAAGACGGCCAGACGAGGAGACGCUGAAUGUGACCCCCGGGUCCUGUCUGAAGGAGGCCGGGCCCCUGCUGAAGGAGAUGUCCCUGUGUCUGCUGGAUCUGAAGGGUCUGUGCAGUGUCCUCACACAGAGAGCUCAAGGAAAAGAGCCCAACCUGGCCCUGCUGCUUGGCAUCAAAUCUAUGAGCUGCUCGGCGGAGGAGAACGAGAAGCCGCUGAUGGAGGACGGCUUGCGGGCCAAGCUGGUGGAGGUGUGCCAGCUGAGGAAAGACAUUGACGAGCUGCGGACGCUCAUCUCGGAUCGUUACGCACAGGACAUGGGCGAAAACUGCGUGACGCAAUGAGCCAUUUCCACCUUGUCAGGCCCGACGGCGUUCCCAGAGAUCAUAAAGGUGAAAUAAAGUCAACCUCUCGGAAACAAACAAGGUCUUUCAGACCACUAAAGGUUGGACCAAGCUGUGAAUCCAGUUUACAAGGACGUCUUUACAACAAGUUUCUUGCGGACAUUGAAUUUUCAAGGAGUUUGAAUGUGUUAUUGUAUUUAUUGAGACCGUUUGAGUUCCUCACGCUGUUCCUGUCAAGUCGACUUUGAGGGAAAGUAGAGCAACUGGUGUCCUAAAGUGCCUUGUGUUCCUGUUUGUGUACCUUUAAACUUCAUGAACGUCACUGAAUUAUUUUACCCAAAGAAGCUGGUCCAUCCUCUGCCCAACAGCUGCAGGUCGCAGGUCGAUGUUCAGGACCCUGUACAUCGAAAACACCAACAGGAACAGCAGCAUUUGAAAGCUCCUUCAUCGCCAACAUCCUGCAUUUUGUGUAGUUUAGUAUGUUUGAGCUUCCGUUGAACUCGAGCAAUGUUGCAUUUCAAAAUAAAUGACAGCAGAGGAAUCCAGGUGAAUCUAUUCAGGAUGCCCAUUAAAUAGUUUUUAAUUGGAAUAAAAUAUGAGCUGCUUUUUUAACUUCGCUGCACAGUUCGGUGUCGAGUUCCAAAGUCAGACAGGAAACAGAAUGUUCUGCACUUCCUGUGACAUGCUUAUGACAUUUUAUAAACUCCAGAUAACACAUGUAUUUCUUAGGAAUAUGGACGAAAUCAAUGCAAAACUUGUUCACUCAGGUAUUUUAAGAGUUUCUUUUAUUCGUUGUCGUUGCUCUGAAUGCUUUCAGAAGGGAUUUAAGUGUCAUUAAGUUCAUUUCGACCCCAAGCAGAAUAUUUUAUAGUUGAUAAAGUCCAGUGAUGCGGUCAUGUCAAGCUUUGCACCAAGGUGACGAAUGUUUAAGAUAUUUACAGUACAAGCAUCUAUAUAUGGCUUAUGUAUCGUGACUGUACUCUCAUUGUAUUUAAAGUAUAUUAAGCAUGUUUUCAAAUGGAGGUUUUGUCAUUAUGUGCUCAUAAUAUCUUGUGCAUGUGCAUAAAAUUACUGUAUUUAAAGAAGGGACUAGAUUAAGGUAACUAAGUAGAUGUACGCUGCGCUAUGCAACCUCACAUUAACCAGCAUUUAUUAUGCGUUUCUGCAGAUAUGUAAUAUUAUUCUGUGCCUUUACAAAUCUAUGCAGCAGAACCACAGUAUGACAUCGAAGGGUAUUUUCCAUAACUGGCAGAGACAGGAAGUUUAUUUCAUAAAUGUGCAGGCCAGCUAAGCCAUAUUCACAUGCAAUGCAUAUUUAUUCUCAGGCAGAGAGCUGCUCAUAACCAGAUGGAGAAUGCAUGUGGUGCUCUUCAUUGUGCAUUAGAGGACAGUGUGACCGCAUGCUGAAUUGUGUAUAUAUAGGAAUACAAAAGCAACGUGCACUGGUUGACAUGACCCACUCACUGUGCACUGAAAGCCACUGGUUGGUUUAACAGUAUGUUUGAAUUUCACAUAUGUCUUUCAAAUCUUAAGCUUUUAAUUUUCCAGCUAGAUUUUACAAAUGCCAAAGGUCUAUUUAUGUACAAUUUUAGUUUUUGUUCUCAAAAGUAUUAACUAUUUUUCCAUUUUGUAAAGUGCUUUUCGUUUGUACAAAUGUCAAAUAAAGUAUUUUUCUACA